CAAAUAAUAUUUAUAAUAUCUAGCUAAAAAAGUCGUUUCGAUAUUGAGGUUCAGAAAAAAAAAAAUUUCAUGUUUCUUGAAACAUUUUCAUUGUAAACACGAUGUCGCUGCACUGUUGCUGUUCACUUUAAGGCGCACACAAGCACAAUCUCCAUGCUCUGCAUCCACUGUGCUGUUGGACAGAGACUGAAUCUGAUCAGCGGGCGGGAUCCACGGCACGGCGCUAUGGCGAUGCUCUGCUGGGCGCUUUUGAGAAUCCAAAUACUCCAUUCGCCUUUAAACACACUGCUAUAUUUCUUGUAAAAGACCGAGAAAACAUUGCAAUGGCUCCAAGGAGAAGAUGCCGUAUCGGCUUGGUCGUCCUCUCCGCGGUGUGGAGUCUCGCCUCGGCAGUAACCAGAUACUCCAUCCCGGAGGAGAUUCCAGUGGGCUCCGUGAUCGCAAAUAUCGCCGCGGAUUUGGGCCUGGACGCGCACAGCCUGUUGGAGCGCAAGGUAAAGCUGGAUUAUAUUCAUAGCAAGAAAUACCUAGAUAUAAAUAAAGACACCGGAGAACUGUUCAUCGCUGAGGAAAUUGACCGGGAAUAUUUAUGCCCGGCCAAAACAUCAUCAUUUUGCUUCCUCAAGAUGGAUGUGAUAAUCGAGAAUCCAGUACGCAUAUUUAAUAUCGAGUUAGAAAUAAUGGACAUCAAUGACAACGCGCCUCAGUUUAGGAGGGAGAGGAUACCGCUCGAUAUUUCAGAAUCAGCAACACCCGGAGAGAGAUUUUCUCUAACAAACGCGGUGGAUGCUGAUGUAGGAGAGAACUCAAUAGAGACCUAUUAUCUCAGUGAAAGUGAUGAGUUUACUAUCGAAAUCCAGUCUGGAAGUGACGGGACUAAAUAUGUAGACCUGGUGCUAAAAGCGAGUUUGGACAGAGAAAAACAAGCCCUUCAUACACUGACGCUCACUGCUGUUGACGGCGGCACACCUGCGCGCUCAGGAACGGCCAGUAUCAUCAUUCAAGUGCUGGAUGUCAAUGACAACGCCCCUCAGUUUGACCGACAGGUUUAUUCGGUUGACCUCAUUGAAAAUGCACCAAUUGGGACGUUGAUUAUGCAUCUGAACGCCACCGAUUUAGAUGAUGGCCUCAAUUCAGAAAUAACAUACUCUUUUACAUUAUACACAUCCGAGAAAACGCAAGAAAAGUUCUCGCUAGAUCCCAACAAUGGAGAAAUACGAGUCAAAGACGUGAUUGAUUUUGAAGAAGUCAGAAGUUUUGAGAUGUACGUUGAAGCCAAGGACAAAGCGGUUAAUCCGCUUUCUGGUCAGUGUAAAAUAUUGGUGUUCAUCACCGAUUUGAACGACAACCAACCUGAGAUUACCAUUAAAUCAUUUCAAAGUUCGAUUAAAGAAAAUGCCCCAAUAGGAACAGUCAUCGCUGUUAUCAGUGUGAGUGAUAGGGAUUCUGGAGAUAAUGGGAAGAUUGUUCUCUCCAUUCCCAAUGCUUUAAUGUUACCUUUUGCUCUUAAUAAGUCAUCUGAAGACUUUUUUGCAUUAAUACUUAUUGAAGCGCUUGACCGUGAGCAAAUCAACAAAUAUGACAUCACACUUCACGCAACUGAUAAAGGAACCCCUCCUUUGACUGAUAAUGAAACGAUUAGUGUUACAAUUCAAGACAUCAAUGACAAUGCUCCAACAUUCCCUCGGUCCAUCUACACCAUUCACCUAAUGGAAAACAACGAACCGGGUGCACUGCUAGCCUCCCUAACCGCUCGUGAUCCAGAUUUGCAUGAGAAUCAAUAUCUUGUAUACUUUAUAAUAGAAAAGGAAAUAGCCAACACGUCAAUGUCCAUGCUCUUCUCCAUCAAUCCUGAAAACGGCAACCUCUACGCUUUACGAACGUUCGACUAUGAAAGAGAGAAGGAGUUUCUGUUCCACAUCGAAGCCAGAGAUUCAGGUCUCCCUCCUCUCAGCAGUAACGUAACAGUUCACAUCAUCCUUAUUGACCAAAAUGACAACACUCCUCUCAUAGUUUCCCCAUGGCGUCCACAAGGCACAGUCAUCGAGCAGAAAAUCCCAAGGUCAAGUGAAAAAGGAUCUCUGGUCACCAAAGUCAUUGCGUUGGAUGCUGACUCCAUGCAGAACUCUCGCAUAACAUAUCAGUUUCUCCAGAUCACCGACACCCCUCUAUUUAGCCUAGACCAGUACAACGGCGAGAUCCGAACCACCAGGAUGUUUAGUUACAGAGACCCCCGAGAUCAGCACCUGGUCAUCAUAGCCAGAGACAACGGAGAACCUCCUCGAUCCGCCACAGUGACCAUCAAGAUCUCCACAGUGGAGCAGGUGGUCACGCAGUUAACCGAAACCACAGAGGUUCCAAUCGAAUUUGACCUGAUCACCGAUUUAAACUUGUAUUUGCUGAUCGGUUUGGGUUCAGUCUUGUUUCUCCUGCUCAUCACCAUCCUGGUCAUCAUCGUGCUGAAAUGUCAGGAGCCCAAACCCUCACAAGCAGCUCCCCAAGGAAGGAACAGCAUUGCCAGCCAGAGGAACUCGUCCACCAUUGCUGAUUCAACUCUCAUCUCGAGCGAUGCCUACUGGUACAGUCUGUUUCUGGCAGAGACUAGGAAAGGAAAGGUGGUUGUGCGGCAGCCACUUCCCAAUGGUACUGGGUUCAUUGUGUCGAGUAUUCCAGGAAGCGCUGCGCUGACUGAGACCAGUGCGUCAAGAUCUUCCACUUUACAGGAGUCCAGCAGUGAUUUACCGUGAUCUGGACAAGUUGACUGAUGGAUUACAAACUUCCGCACACAGUCUAUCCAUCCACUGGGACAAACUGAUCUUCUUUUCCUUCGUUUUCAGGGCUUCAUUCAAUUCAAGACUAUGAUGGAUCUACUUUGAAACCAACCCUUUUUUUUGUGUUUAGCUUUUAAUAUUCUUUCAUUUUUAGGUGUUUAUUGUUUUAUUAUUUCAUUCAAUUAUGUUACUCAUCAUCUUCCAAGCACUUGCAUAUCUUGUGUCAGACAGGAAAGACACAACUUCAUUCAAUUAUUUUCCUCAUCCAUGAUUCUUCUGCCUUUACUUUUUACAUAAUACAUUUGAAUUGACUGUUUGGAUAUCAAGACCAGCAUUGUGUCAGAUCCCAUAUUUGUGGCGACUGUAACAGAUAUAUGUCAGCCACUUGUAACCACAUUGAGCAUGACUUUGCAUGGCUAAGACAAACAAUGGACCUUUUGUAUCUACAAGAUUUCUAAAUAGACUCUGUGACAGAUACAGAAGCUAUUAUUCGUGACUACCAGAAGAACUUUUACCUUCUUGUGGUUUCAGUUACAAAUGAACUACAAAGCCAGCUGGUAAAUAGAUUGUAAAGAUUGAGUUCUGGUAGGAACGACACUCUAUUUUUACAUUGAGAAAACUUUGAUCAAAUGAGCACAAUCUAAUGAGCCAGGCAUUGUUUAUACCUCAAAACAAUUGGUUUUGACAGCUAUGUGGUGCACAUGUAUUAUAGGUGAUCCAUGUUUUUGUUUCCUCCAGUCUACUAAAUGGUAUAAAUUACCUGAAUAUUGUCUUAAGCACUUUGCUUUGUAAGUGUAUGUGAGGAUCUAUAGGGAGUUUUACACAUUUUGUCAUUAGAAUAAUAUGCAUAUGUUGUAAGAGAAAAUUCUGUGUUGGGAUUUUUUUUCCCUUCAAGGUGUCAACAAUAAUUUGGGCCAUUCUGGAAAUCAGAUUUCCAUGAACAAUACUUAUAAUCAUCAGAAUUUCUUUAUUGGGUACCAUAAAUAAAAUUACCUAAAAUUGCUAGCAAAUGUAACAAAAAAUGAGACACAGAGGGGAAAAAACAUUGAACAUGCCAAACAAGCAGAAUUGAGUGCAUGUACAAGACAUUAAAAUAAAAACAGCUGAACAUUGAACUAUACAUUUACAAAACAAAGUGUUCUUUGGGCUUAAAAAUUACACUGUGUCUACACACAAUGUUGCUUGUGUCGCAUUGUGCUGCAACAGCUAGAAGCUUCUGCACUGGUGAAUGUUUCAAAUCUGUUUGUUCUUCGCAUCAGAAAUAACAGGAGCACUCAAAGUACAUCAGAGAAAAGAAAGCUUAAGAUGUCCUGCCAGAUCCAGUGAUGAUAAAAUCACAGGUUUUACAACAGGUUUUAUAUCACCUUUGCACUAUCUUCCGACAAAUUAUUGGCACAUUUCGCCCUCUAGUGACAGUCACAUUGACGUUUACAAUUGGCCUUGGCUCAUUUAUCAUGGUAAAUGUAAUACAUUUCAUGAAUAAUUACACAUUGAUGAUUCAUGAACAAUGACCACAUUGUGGCUGAAAUAGGAUAAAAAUUUUUACACGAACAGUGGUCCUUGUGUAGCUUUUUUGAGGAAAUUACUUACAAAACGCUUCAAAUUAUACAAUUAAAAUCAAUAUGACCGAAAAUAUAUAACAGGUUAAAAUAUUAAUUUAAAGUUGUUGGUUAUGUCUAACAAUAUAUUUACAUUUUUU